CUCAGCAAAGGGUUUUUCUUUCUGCAUAUGCAGUCGCUAGGGUUUAUGUCUUCCUUCUCAGUCCACAGUGGCGGGAAAAAGAAAAGGAAUUUUUCCAGCAGUUUCAUUUGUUCAAGUUUGCGAGAGCUCCUUUUUUGUUUUUCAAUAUGUACAAUCAAAACUCAAUCUAAUUUUCAGUUAAAUAUACCUAUACAUGUUCUUUGCAUUGACAAAAAAAGAAAAGAAAAAAGAGUUAGCUAAUGUGAUGCAGUUUCAAUUAGUUAAUCCGCCAACUUUAUUGGGUGAUUGCCGCAAUUCUUGCAUUUCUGAAGAAUGUAUUCUUGCACCCUGUAUUCCUUACCCGCAAGAAAAAGAUUGUCUUUUCUAUCCCACUUGAUGGGCGUUUCCACUUCUUGUUGUGCUGCUCAAGAUGCUGACUUUUCAUCAGACGAUAGCGUGGCGCCGGAGUUAUGUGGUUAUAGUGAGCUGCAGCAGAGAAUGCAGAGGCACGCGACCUCAGGUAGCAUAAAAAAAGCUCUUGAGACGCUGAAUUUCAUGAGGGAUAGUAUUCCGGGGAAACCGACUGUUUACGACUAUAAUUCCAUGAUUAGAUGCUAUUUCAGGUCGGGAAAUGUGGUGCUUGAUGAGUUGUUUGAGGUGUAUAUUGGGAUGAAAAGAUCAGGGCCUAUUCCGAAUUUGUUGACUUAUCAGACGCUUUUGAAUGGGAUUAUUUCUGGUGGCGCGUUGAAAGUUGCAAUUUUGGUCAUGGAGGAAAUGGUGGCAACUGGGUUUUGGCCAUCCUACACCAUUUUGUCGAAGUUGUUCAAGAAGCUGUUGAAAGUAGAAAGUGUGGUGGAUGCUGCUCUGGUGCUUGAAAUUAUGUUGAAUGUCAAUUGCAGCCCGAGUCAGUAUGAUUUAAGUGCCUUAAUCCAGGGCCUUUGUAGAACUGGGAUGGUUCAAAAGGCAUAUUUGGUAUUCUUGGCACUAUUGACGAAGGGAUACUUUUGCGGAGGAUGUAUUUACAAUCCCAUACUAUGGACUUUUUGUAAGUCAGAGCAGAGUUAUGCUGCUUUAGCAUUUUUCGGUUUGUUAGAAAAGAAGGGUUUUGUGCCAUCUGUUUACUCAUAUACUGCCUUGGUUUAUGCUUUUAGUAAGGAAAGGCUAUGGGAUGAAGCUUUUCAUUUGUUGGAUGAAAUGGAAAAUGUUGGUUGUAAGCCUAGUCUGGUAACUUAUACUGUAGUUGUAAAGUUUCUCUGUGAUGAUGGGAAAGUCGAUGAGGCGCUAAGCCUUUUGAGGAGGAUGGAAGAGAAAGGAUGUGAUCCUGACUUGGUUGCAUACAAUAUAGUUCUCCGGGAACUUUGCCAUCAAGGUAGGGUUGUUGAAAUUGGUGAUCUUGUUCGAGUUAUUGAUCAAAAGGGUUUGUCACCUGACAUGUAUACUCAUGCCGCUUUGGCUGGAGGCAUGUUGAAAAGGGGCAAGGUGGAGAUUGCCAAUAAGCUGUUGCUGGACAUUAUUUUAAGGGACUGCGCUGUUGAUGAUGUCAUUUAUAAUAUAUAUCUGCAUUCCGUGUGCUUGAAUGACGGUGCGAGAGAAGCUUUAUCCAUGAUGCAGAGUAUGGUGGAGAACGGUUUUAGACCCACUAAUGUAUCAUACAACACAAUCCUGAAGGGAUUAUGCAAGGAGGAACACAUGGAUGAAGCUCUAGCCUUAUUUGACAGUGCCAACUGGCCUACCAAUGGGCCUGAUUUGAUUUCCUUCAAUACUAUGCUGUCUGCUGCAUGUAAACUGGGAGAUUCAUCCAUGAUAAGGCGGAUUUUGUGGCGGAUGGAAUAUGAAGGAAUAAGAUUUGAUACUGUGAGUUCAACAUGUCUGAUUCAGUAUUAUUGUAAAAUUGGGAAAAUCACGGAAUGCUUGAACCUUGUGGAGUCCAUGGUGAUUAAGGGUCCACCACCUAAUACAAUCACUUUUAACACUCUCCUUAUUGGCCUAUGCAAGAAUCGACUACUUGGAAUGGCAGAGAAAAUGUUCAACUAUUUCAAAGAAAUUGGAGUUUCACCUAACACGACUACAUAUAAUAUUCUAAUGCGAGCUUCCAUACGAGAAGGCAAUGAUUUACUGGUAUAUGAGCUUUCAAGGGACAUGUAUAGCUGGAAAUUGAAGCCGGAUGUUGGCACCUAUGGUUGCUUCAUUUAUAGCAUUUGUAAAGGAGGCAAGAUCUCACUUGCCCUUCAUCUUAGAGACCAAUUGCGUGAGAAUGGAAUUGCUCCUAAUAUUUUUAUUUACAAUACAAUAAUGAAAGCCAUGUUCAUGAGAGGGUUGUUUUGGGAAAUCAUCUCUCUUUUUAAACACAUGGCCAUGGAUGGCUGUGAACCCAAUGAAGGUUCUUUUCUUAUGUUGAGACAAGCAAAGCUAAACGGUUGGAUGAAGGGUUUUCCUAGAGCUGUACAAGUUUUAGAGUUUGUCAUGCGUGGUAACUUGUUCUGAGAAUGGGAAGAUAUCAAAUAGAGAAUACAGAGCUACUGAUGAAGUUGGACCUAUUGCCUCAUUUUGAAACCUGAGAUGUCCUGCCUGAGAAUAUGUUUUGGCUGAAGAUGCCGGUCCUCACAGUCUGCAGCAGAUAAUAAAAUUGUUGAUGGAAUGAAAGUGUAAGGGUGCUCACAUUUAUGAUCUAUAAGCAUUCAGUAUUCAGAAUAUCUGCAUUUUGAUUCUGAAGACUUGGUAAAAUUAGAAAUCCUCUGGAAAGUUUUCAUAAAUAGAAGGCAAUAUUAGAGGUACCUUUCUCUUCAUAGUAAGUUAAUCUCGGUUUUGUUUUUUUGGGAGUCCCAAGUUCUUUACUUUAUAUCCUUGUAUGUUUCUUUUGACAUCCUAUUUCCCUCUUUUGGCUUUAAUGACAUUUGUUUAACCUUCCUUGGAUUUUUAAAGCUACUUAUGGCUAGACAGAGUCUGUACUCAAACUACUGCCCGCUAACAAUCCUCCUGAAGUAACUCUUUACUUUUUGGCACAUCUCUUUUCUAAGAUUCACUGGAUUUCAUACUGGUUUAGACACUUGUCCUUGCCAACUGCGUCUGUUCAUGCUGUUUUCCUGGUUGUUCUUUCCAGGAUUUUACGUUUCAUGGAACGUAGCAUGCCAGUGUGGACUUUCAAUGGCCUCUGGAUUCAGCCCGAAGUUUCCAAUGCUUUCUACACCUUGUGUGAUUUAUCUGUGGUUGUCAUUGUUGUGGUAUUCUACUCCACUAUGAAUUAUGAGUUAUCACUCACAUUUAGCCGAUAUCGACAUACUUGGAAGGCUUACAUGAUGACAUGUCGUACGAUACGACACAAUGCUGUUGAAGAUGAUCUCGACACAAGAAAAAAUCUGUCGAGGAACAACGCUAAUGAAGAUGAUCUCAGCACAAGAAAAGACCUUUUUUGUUAAAGAUGAUCUUGACACGAGUCCAAGGACAUUUGGAGCUCUUUGUUGUAGAGACUAGUCUUGCCUAUUGUAAAUUAGAAUACUAAUGUAAAGACUAUUUUUUUAGCCAAGGAAAUAAAAGUUUUGAUCAAAAGAUUUUGAUAUUUAUUA